AUGGUCGACAAGAAUCUGCCAUGGUUCCGGAAGCUCCUAGAACACACGCUGCCCGGUGGUGAUGGUAACCCGGCACCUUCUGAUGAGCUAAAGGGCGCCUCCAUGUACGAACGUCUGAAGUCAAUAAACCCUCGCCAAACGAUCGGCACCGUGUUGGUGCUGUGCGGCUGGAAGCUGUACUUCUCCAUCUACCACCCCAUGCACACGGCGCCCAAUAAGAAACACUUUUUGGGCUUCGAGGACGACGGCGAGGAGGCCAGCGACUAUUCUGACGAGGAGCUCGACAACAACGAGGCCGUCAACCGGCGCAAGUCGUUCACCAACGUCAACUUGCAAAACGUGCUCAACGGGUUCGGCAACUGGAUGGAUCGGUUAUUGGAAGGCUCUAUCCGCCGCUACUACAUCCCGGAAUGGCCGGAUAAUCUGAAG